AUGGGAAAUUCUCAUUCUCCAAAGAAGUGCAUUUCCGAAGAAAUCGUUGAAUACCUGGAGACAGCCAAGAGAAACUAUCUUGAGAAAUAUCACAACCCAAGAAUUAGACUUGCUGCCUUAGAUGAAUUCAAACAGCUCAGAACACUUGGGACGGGAUCAUUUGGUCGAGUUAUGCUAGUUCAGCAUAAAAAGUCAUCCGACUUUUUUGCUUUAAAAAUACUUGAUAAAGCCAAAGUAGUAAAGCUUAAGCAAGUUCAACACACCUUAAAUGAGAAGAGAAUUUUACAAGCUGUCGAUUUCCCUUUCCUCAUUCAUUUGGAAUACAGAUUUAAGAAUGAAAUAUACUUAUUUUUAGGACUCGAAUAUGUAUCCGGUGGUGAGAUGUUCUCAUAUCUGCGGCGCAAAGGAAGAUUCAGUGAAUCUGCUGCACGCUUUUAUGCAAGUCAAGUAAUACUGGCUCUAGAAUACUUACACUAUUUGGAAUUAAUAUAUCGGGACCUAAAACCAGAAAACAUAUUGUUGGAUCCUGCCGGCUACAUCAAGAUUGCUGAUUUCGGAUUCGUUAAACAUGUGAAAUAUAGAACCUAUACACUUUGUGGGACUCCUGAAUAUCUAGCUCCAGAGAUUAUUCAAAGUAAAGGUUACACAAAAGCUGUUGAUUGGUGGGCAACUGGUGUUUUAAUAUAUGAGAUGGUUGCCGGUCAUCCGCCGUUUUUCGCUGACGAACCAAUCGAAAUUUAUGAAAGGAUCGUAAUCGGAAAAUAUAAAUUUCCAUCUCACUUCAGUUCAGAUUUGAAAGAUCUUCUGCGUAAUCUAAUUCAAUCUGAUUUGACCAGAAGAUUUGGAAAUCUGAAGAAUGGUGUACAAGAUAUUAAAUCUCACAAAUGGUUUUCUCAUUUGGAUUGGUUAAUGAUAUUUAAAAAAGAGGUUUCUGCCCCACUAAUUCCUAAUUGUAAGGGUCCUGGUGAUGCAACAAACUUCGAACGAUACAAGGAAGAACCAUUAAAGAAGAGUAGGAUUUGCAAAUUUGAAGCUGAAUUUGCUGAAUUCUAG